AUGUUCGUACUGGCUGUAGGUAAAGGAGCCUGUGUCCUGUUGUCUCCACUUCACGUGCAAGCAGCCGGUGGCAACCAAUUAACAAGGCACACCGUUGAUACCACAACCGUUGUCCAGUGGCACGGCAAAAGGCUCCAGCCUGAGUUGAGAGUACGCACUGGUCUCUCCUCAGUGGUGGAUGUAACUCAAGCGUUCCACUUCGUUCAAACACAGUCAGAACGCCGCUCCUCUGCACAGAGCAGUAAGCAGCAUGGAGUGCGAAUGCAGCACAGUCGCCUUUUGGUUGUGCGAGGUUGCAUGUCUCAUGAGUGGUGCAUAUGUGGAUAUGUGGAUGAGCAAGUCGAGAAGUGGAUGAUGGGAGAGAGAUGUAGUCCAGCAUACAUGGAGGGAGCUUCAUCACUAACUUUCAUUCUACUUCAAGCUUACCAAAAGAGGGAACUGUCGCAGUGUCGCGGAAGCACUGUCAGCAAGCAGCGAGAAGGGUGGGUGGUAGAUGAUGGCGAAAUUGUUUGCGCUUACAAAAGACUGCCUGAGAGGGGUUGA